AUGUGGGACGCGGACGACGCUCAGUACAACGCGGUGCAACGCGUACUGGAUGUUGAUAGCAAUCUGAAUAUUAUAAUGUGUUUCUACCACGUUGUCGCCAAGGUCUACGAGAAGACAAAGGGGCUACAACCUGCACUCUACGCUGGUGUAGCAAGAGGCCUCAAUGGUUUACACUAUGCAACAACCGAAGCUGAGUUCGUCAUCACCCCAGCGCGCGUGCUGGACAAUUGGUCCUUACAUCCAGGGCUUGCUUCCUUCAAAGCGUACUUCACUAGUGUUUGGCUUUCACGCCGUUUCACGCCGUUUCUGCCGAUGGCAGAUAUUUCACACACCACCCGCGUUUGCGACGACGAACAAUCCUGUCGAGAGCUUCAACGGUGCUAUCAAGCGCGAUUACACACUGCGCUCUCGGAUGUAAAUGGGCGCGUUACUGCGUAA